AUACAACUGUUUUGCGGAUCUUUCAAAAGUGUUCGUCACAGCUGACGUCCUCUUCCUUUGUUGAUAAUUUACGAUACGGCUACAGGACCUGUAUGCUUAUAUUAAGAUAGUAAACUGAACAGGCCUAAUACGUGUCCACUUAGUUUUCACCAAAACGUUUUAACAAAGAAUUCUUUCCAAACGUUAUCAAAAAAAUGACAGCCCAACCAGAAUCCUUUCAAUUCAGUCCUCAAUGGAUUAGGGAAUUAUCAGAUGAUGCAUUUAAUUCUAGAAGACAGUCAAGUCAUAGUCCAACCGAAGGUCGGGUUUCCAGCAAAUCUCCCAACCUGUUCUCAAACUUCGUCCAGAAACAUUCUAAUUUUUCUGUUCCCGGGGAUAAACGAAAAGGUUCUCUUCUAAAUUCGUUGACUAUUUCUUCGUUAGAUAUGGUUGUAGGUAAAGUUUCGAAACUUGUGUGGCCAGGUGACACCAUUUGCGCACCUUCUGUAGCUGAAACGGACAGUCAAGGACAACCUUCCAAUGAGGUGACCAAACAGUACUCACACAGCAUACAAUUUUCUGACUCUAUAUAUGGUCGAAAAUCCAAUGCCAAUCAAGUCAUCAAUCCUGCUAGCCAUUGUGUUGAUACCAACAAACAAGCAGUGCAAUGGACUCAGAAGUCCUCUAUGAUUUCUCCUUCCGAACCGUGUUGGCAACUCCACUCAGACUCAGGCAUUGAAACGUCCGUUAACAAAGUACCAGAUACAAUAAGCCUGAAUACAACGGGUCAUUCUUUACCUUCAUCGAGUGCUCGACCUCUCGAAGUGCAGCAUGUAGGGGGUUCUCUCUUAUCAGGAAAUUCGUCAGUUGUAAGCAACCCAACGUUGAAUAUAAAUUCUAUUUUACCUAAUGAUGGUAUCCCAGUUCCCCGAUCAGAUCCAUAUAGUCACAAUACUGAUUCAUAUAAUAAUCAGAGUAAACGGGCUGUCAGUGCUUAUUAUGGAAUCAAUGAUCCAGACAAGACCUUAGAUUCCAGUGUAAAUUCAAACGCUAUAUGGAUGCAGCAGCACAUAUGGUCAAAGUCUGUUCCACAGCACUUACAUGGCUUUAACCCUAUUGAUUCCACCUCCAACUCCGUAUCCAACUUCUGUGGGGUCGCCGCUACAGAAACUAAUAGACAUUCUAGCUGCAGCGUUCCUGACGCCGAAAACAUACGUGGUUUCUUUUCACAAUUAUCUUCAUUUGAUCGACUUGUGCAAUCAAAUUCAAGUCAAGCGUAUCCGUUGUCGAAUAGCAGUGUUCAACAUCCUCCUAAUGUACUGAGCGCAGAGAAAGGUUUCGUUAGACGUAAUGGAUCUGACCAGUCGGAUGAACAUAUGUGGCUGUAUGAAGAUCCACAGGGUCGGACACAAGGUACUUUCAGUGAUGCACAAAUGAAUGAAUGGCUUAUGGCUGGGAUUUACUUUACUCCAAAUCUUCGUAUACGACGUCAAUGUGACGAUACAUUUUCUACUCUCGCCAGUUACACACAGUUGUUUGAACGUGUUCCAUUUGUCUCUGGUCCUCGAAUACCCCCUAUUCGUGGAGAGAUCAAUCAAGCUAUGUUAGCUCUGUCUUCAUCUGGUUUCUUGAGUAAACCACAUUUUAAGAACUCCGAUAACCCUCCGACAGAUUUGUUACCUUGUAAUUCAACCAAUCAUGAUCAAUCAGAGGGUAGUAGAGUAAAUGCAAGUAUGGUUGGAAAUUCCACAAUUGACUCUAGUCGUUCAUUGUUGUCAGAACCACAGCACCAGUUGUACCAGCAACUUUCAGAUUUUUCCACAUCAGCUUCUAACGCUACAACGUCUGCCGGAAUAUCAGUACCUACUUGUCAAGUUACUGAAGAGGGUUUAAACACCACAAAUUCUAAAAGUCUUGCCUAUGGCUCUAUCAACACAUCAGUUUCUGUGAGUGUACCCAUGUCCUUGCUAAACAAUUCAAUCAAUAAUCUAAGAAUUCGAGACAAUGCAGAGGGAGACUUUAAAUCUGUAUUAGACGAUCCUAAUAAUGUUCAACAACACAAACAGGCCAUUUCUUCUGCCCCGACAUUCAUGAACUUAACUUCUUUGAUUCCACUGAAUCCAUCCUUCCCAUCUUUUAACUUGCAGUUCCCCUCCAGACUUCAGGGCACUAAUGGAACUACUAUGGAUGAUCUUACUUCAGCAGCUAGUUCAUUUCUAUCUCCAGGUUUUUGGUCUGUUUUAACCCAGUACUUAAACUUGCAUCCCCCGUCUGCAAAUCAGACUUCUACUCCCAUGCAGCAGCUCGCAGAAACAGCGCAAUUGGCGGCUCAGCUCGCAGCAUUGGUUGGUUCUCAUAGUCCGGAUCAAACUCCCAUGCAGCCAUCUCAGGCGUUAGCUUUAGCGCAAUUACUGAUUACUCGAGGAGUCGGGUUGGGUAAUAUCAACGCAGAAGCGCCUUCUUCUAACGGUUUACUCACUUCUAAGAAGGAUAAGCCUUCUGAUAACGAAUGCAUUGCCAGUUCAUCGAUCUUCCAUACUUCGGAAAUCAGUGCUGUAAGCGAGCGACAUCAAGAAUCUGAAACACAAUGGCCUUCUCUUGGUUCUACGCUAAAUCAAAGUGCACCUCAUUGUAGUGAAGGGCGAUUCAAUCCAGCACCACUUAACAAGGUAUCUAGUGAGUUAUCUUAUGGGAAAAACUGUGAGAAAGACUUGUCGGAUAAUACUUCUGUUGUCAGUCAGAAUCUUCAUUGCUGUCGUCCAAAUUAUUUAGACAAGCCUCAAUCUACACUUUCAAAGCCGUCGACUAGUCCUCGACCGACUAAUGUUAAGUCUAAAAUCCAACUAGAUUCAACAUUAUCUGAACCUGUCCAGUCAAUUUCUUUAGAUGGAUAUAACCGAACUCAGCAAAAUGGCCGAGGCCCCAAAAAUACUGAGGUUUGUUCUGGAGGUUCUGUGCGCAGUACAGAGCAGAAACAGACUGCAAUUAGUUCGUCUCGAACAGGGUCAACAAAUCAAAGCAGAGUUAAGGGGUCUAAAUCAAACAACGUCCGGUCACCUACAAAGGCAGUCAUUCAGAAUAAUUCCUCGUCAUCCCAGGUAUCCUCUAGCGUGAAUAUUCGUCCUACGGAAGCAGCUUGCGCUUCAGUUGCAUCAAAUUCGGAAACAGAUCCUGACCAAACAGUUGAGGAUGAACUCAAAAAGCUUACUCAGUGGUGUCAAUCGAGGCUUGGUUCAAUGCCGAUGCGCGAAAAGGUGGAUAUUCCUACUGUUGUUGAGUUACUGGCUACACUAGAUGCCCCAUACGAAGUUGAACGAAUGGUCCAGACCUUUUUGGGAGAAACUGCUCGUACAGCUCAAUUUGUGAAAGAUUUUCUUGAUCGUCGUCGGCCAUUUUGGCAGUUGCAUAGGAAACGACGGGAACAAGAGAAUACAAUCCAAGAAUCAGCAGGUCAAAAUUCUAAUCAACCCACAAGUACAGUUCGAUCAACUGAGAAGAAGAAACGUACUAACCCGAAUGAUGCCGCCACUAAUAAUACACAGCGCCAGAAUUCAAGCAUUUGCAAUGGACUGAGUUGGAAUAAAUCAGAUUCUACUCACUUAUCUAACAUUGAACAAAUUCAGGACAACCAGGUUGGAAUUCUAAGUAUCUAAGUUUUUGCAGUUCUUCAACUGAUCUGUAGUUUUUUUCACUCAUCCAAAUUUUGGUUCCUUCCCAGAAGAUUAGCACUGUUUUUGUUGGUUGAAACUGUCAGAAUCAAACCACUUCCGAACUUUUUAAAAAAUUAAGCUUUUUACUUGUGGAAAUGAAAAUCAGCUAAUGCGUGUUACGACGGUUAAUAGGAUAUUGGUCAUUUGUUUUCGUCAUGUAGGCUGAGUUAAGAUAAUCGAACUGAAAUUAAGAAAUUAUCUCAAAUUUCUUAUUUACUAUUACGAUGGAUAUUAAGUAGCUUGUAACAAACAAAGUCAUCCUUUGAGAAGCAUUACAUUCAUUUAUGCGGAUGCAGUCAUGUUACAUUUUGAUAAAUACUAUUAUUGGUUUAAAAUAACGAAACCUGUAAACUACAUUCUUUUUACGCUGUGUCCUAGUCCCCUUUUAUUGUGGAAUUUGCCUGUAAGGGAACAAGAGUCCAUAAUAUAUGCAAAAUUGAAAUAGAAAUAUUUAAAGCUUGUUGCAAGCGAAAUAACUAGUUGUCUAUUAUCCAUUGAUUGCUCAAUCAGUUUGUUCAUAUAAUCAAUUCUGUGACGUUAGUCCUGUUUUUUUGGUAACAACAUUGUACUUCCCCUCUGUUCUUGUCUGGAUGUGUACAAUUAAAUAGGGUGGUCUGGGCGGUAAACAGGAAAUUUAACCCCCCUAUUUUGGGGAUUAUAGUGUGAAAUGCCUCAAAUGCACUUCGUGUAACCACUAGACAGAGUGCCUUCUUAAUACAUAUAUCUUUAGUAUCGUCAAUACUUUUUGAAAUAAUGACGUAUGUUGGCGAGGUAUUUUUCUAAAGGAAUUGGAAGAUUGAUGGGCCCAUUGGUACUAUUCAGAUAUACUACUGUGAAACUCUUGCAGUAGAAGUAUAGAGGAAGGAACAUUUGGUACAAUACUUAUUUCUUAUGAAGUUUGUUCAUAGUGGAUGGUGCUUGUAGUAUACUGACAGUUCAGUUUCGUUAGACAUAAGUUUUUAACUGAAGUCUCGUAUUUAUUUGUGUAGAACGUUUUCGGGCGUAUAUUGGUAACCUUUUGCCCGUUUAUUACUAUUCAUGGAUACACUGUCUCAUUACACUUCUCUAUCUUUCUUCAGUGGCAUCACAUCAAACCUAAAGGAAGUCAUAAUCGUAAAAGCAAAAAAGACAAAUCUGCGUGAAAAUGUGUACACCCUUUUCCACUUUUCUUUCAACACAACUGAGCAACUAGCAUCCCCAUGUUUUUUGAUUCUAUCGCUUAUCUCAAUCGCCUAUUACUUUUUUUAUUGGGUGCUGUUAUAAGGAAUGUAAAUUGUCUACUUUUUCUCCUUGAGACUUUUAUUCACUCUCUAAUGUUAUACUUUCUAGUGACAUUUGUCUUUUUUAAAUCGCUUAUGAUAAUCGUGACAUAAUGGCGUUUUAUUUGCCGUCGUAAUAUUUGAGUUUUAGCCGGCUGUAAUUUCUCUUUGAUAUAUUUUCAAAGCUGGUGUUUGUGUGCGGUUUCCUUGAAUAUUAUUUUAUUUGACAGAUGAAUAUGUGUAUAUAUCACAAUAAUGGUUGCAAUGCAUACUUAUUUUC